AUGCACCUGUCUCCCAAGCGUGCCAAGGAAUUUGAAUCCAUGCCAGACCUGGUGCCAAUUCCAGGUACACCGCCGGGCGGCUGCCGUGCAUGCCACAAAGUAGAUCCGAAAGACUGGCCAAAUUUGCUGCGCAAACUGCACAAGUCCGGAAUGAUCGGCUUUGUCCCGGAACAUGUAUCCAAUUUAUGGGUGGACACUCACAGCAAUCCAGCCGACUAUCCAUCAAGGUUUAAGCCCAUUCCUGCACCUGACGUUUCCCAGUCUGAUGGAUUGCUUGAUGCGGCUAUUGACACACACACUGUGGAUGAAAAUGCAAACCGCGGCAAUGGCCAGCCUGAGAACGAGCCAACACCUCCUUGGACAUUUAAGGUAAUCUUCCAGGUCUCCGUGACUUGUCGAGACUCUGCCAUUGCCGCUCGCGGCGGAUUGAGACGUCUGAAACUGCAGGGCAGGAUCAACACAGCUUGGGAAAACCUUCGAGUCUCGGAGGAGCAGGGAACGAGCUCUUUUCGUCCACCCUUACCUAUCCCCUUGUGGCUUUUGAUGAUAGGCUUGUCCAGAGCUCACUCUUCUGUGAAUGAAUCGAUGCUGGAACAGAAAAGAUGGCGAGUUUUUGCCACCUUGCUGGAGAUAGGGGUUCUCUGCAUGCUGAGGCCGGGUGAGUUGCUGAAGUUGAAACAUACGGACAUUUCCCUGCCAGGGAGCUUCACUUUCAGUCAACCUUUUGCUGCUAUUCGGGUAGCCAACCCUAAGAACCAAAGGCAGUUUGGUGUAGAUCAGUUUGUGCUGGUUAGGAACCCUUGUACAGUCCAGAGAUUGCGAGAAGUGGUUAAGGAGCGAAAUGACUGCGCUCUGUGGAAAGGAGGUCGUGCCCUCUUCAGCAGGAUGUUCAAACAGAUAUGCAGAGAACUGCGCAUCUUGGACUGCCACUUCACCCCGGCCAGUCUGAGGUGUCAGAAAGUGCUUCAAGCUCGUUUAAUGCUGACUGGUGCGCCAGAUAUGCAUUCUAUGAGGGCUAGACACGGUCGCCGUGUAAUAGCUGGAGGGGCCUUUAAAGGAUCCACCUUUGAGGACCUGUCACAUGACCAGUUGGUGAGAGCCUCAAAGAGAUAUCCAGGUGACCCAAAACUGCAAAAGUAUGCGAAAGCUGUGGUAGCUGCCAGAGAACUUGAUGGAGGAGUCGAUCCUUUACCCUGCAAACCACUCAUGCUGCGGGAUGGAACCGUUUCUUCACCUGAAGAGAAAAAACCCUGGACCAUCAAAUCUUUUCUCUGGGAGAUGUUUCGCACACUGACGCUGAACAGAGCAGUUUUGAUUGUUGUCAUUUGGGUAGCGCUGAUGUUUUUACUGAAACCUACGCUGGCCACGGCUUGUACAAAGGUUUUCGUACGUAUCCUGCGACUGGCUUUACGGAGACUCACUGGAUUUUUACUGCUGAUUUUAGAAGGUUUGUUGGAUGAAAUCGUCUACCAGAUUGAAUACACCAUGCGACAAGCCUUGCCGUAUGCGCUGGAUUUGGAGCAAUUUACAACUGCAUCCACUUUGCCCCAAGUAGCCUCAACGGAAGAGGAGCUUUGCAGAGUCUUGAAGCAUCUGGCUUCCGAACAGGUUGUGGCCAUUGAUUGCGAGGGUGCAGACCUUUCCAAAGGCUGCUGGUUUCUCCAAGAGCGUCAGUAUGGUCGAGUGGACCAUGGGAGGAUUUGCUUGCUGCAGAUAGGAACGCUGCAUGGGGAAGCUUUUGCAGUUGACAUUUUGGAACUGGGUGAGCGUGCCUUUGAGUUGGGCCUGCGUCAACUCUUGGAAUCCGAACGGCCCAUCAAGGUGGUACACGACUUCCGACAAGACACCGAUGCGCUUUGGCAUCAGUAUGGCAUUCAGCCAAGGGGUCUCUUUGACUGUCAGCUUUGUGAUGUUCUGCUUCGCCGCCUCGCUGGCCACAAGACGGGCUAUGUGCAAGGCAGUGCAAAGUUGUUGUCAGCUCACGGUAUCGUUCAGGGUUCCGUGCAGGGCUACGGAAUUUUGACACAGGAGCAGAAGCAGGCCAUCCAUGACAGAUUCUCACGGGACAGGCAUCUCUGGGAGCGAAGGCCUUUGCCUGAAGAUAUGGUGGAAUAUGCUCUGGAGGAUGUGAAGCCCAUGCUACAGCUCCAGCGGCUUCUGCUGCGACAGCUCGUUGAAUACCUUGGAGAGCAGGAUGCUUGGCAGCUGGUGAACCAAGGAUCCAAGGCUUAUGUGGAGGACUUUGCCUCACAGGAAGAGUGCCGUUGCCGGCUUUGUUGCAAUGCCGGUGAGAAUGCCCGGUUUGACGGCUACCGCUUUUGGCAGCGGCUGCAGGCCGAAGGGAAGGUGCCGUCCAGACUGUUGCAAAUGCUUUGGAGACCUGAAGACGGGCAACCUCUGCCGCUGCCGGGCCCCAGCCGCUUUUACAUCAACGAAGCAGAUGAGUCAGUUCCUCUUCGCCAAGACUGA